AUGAGGAAUCUUUACCAAGUGGCAAGGUGCUGCUAUCCCAUUUCUCAGGAGCCAGAAUGUUUUAGCUUCUUCAUUCUCAGCACAGUGAUGGAAAACUCAUCCUCUUCUGGUACUGUCCACCCAAUAGUCUUCUGUUCCAAAUAUGAAAUACAUACUGAUUCUGAGAAAAAAAACGUGAGUGAUGCUGGCAAAGAACACAUGGAAAAUGUUCUGGAAGAAUACUCGCAGAAAGGUAGAGGUGUGCAGAAGAGGCUGAAUGAAACUACUCAGCUACAUGAGCAACAGAAAAUUGAUUUAAGACUGAUCACUGCUGAUUUGCAGAGCAAACUGAUGGAAGUGCAAUUGGAAAGAGAUGCGCUUCAGGAUACCAGACACAAGGAAUCCUGGAGCCAAGAGAAUGUAAAAAUGCAGCUAAAAAAUAUCAUUCAGGAGCUAGAAGCUGCCAACCAGCUGGACGAGGAGAUGCUGAAGGAGGCUGACAGCCAAACUGAGCAUCUGAAAAAGAUGGUACACAGUCAUGAGGAAGUACUUCUGGAACUAUGUGGAAUCCUAAUGGACUACGAAGACAGCACAGGCAAGAAACUGUAUGAGCAUGAGAAUAUUACUAGCUUACACAUCCACAACCUUAGCACAGCAUUUGCUGAUGUCCUGCGAGAUUUAGACUCAGAGGGGUCGUACUUCAAAGAAAAGAUUGUCCUGGUGGAAGAAGAACUUGAGUCAUUGAAAAAAGGUUCACAGACUCAAACCCAACUUUUCUUUCAGCAACAUCAAAAUAAGGUAGCUCAGCUACUAGGGGAACAUGAACAGGAGGUGGCAGCACUAACUGACAAAGCUAACAGUGCGUGCAGCUAUGCAAAUAGUAUCCAAAACCAUGUGAAAGUCACUCAAGAACAAACAAGAAACCAAAAUUCAGUGCAGCACAUGGAAUCUACAGUUUCUCAACUGGGUUCUGAAUUACAAGAAGCUAAGAGGAUGCAUGAAGACAAGGUGCAUAUGGAUGAUUUAUUCAAAGAUCUUGAGAGGCACUUGGACCUUGCUCGUUCUGAGAUAGGAGAAGCUUGGACAGGACAGCAUCAACGCAACCAAGAACCUGGAAAUCUGAAUGACUAGAUUAAUGAAUUGUUGACUGAACUUCAUAAAAGAGAGAGAGGACUAGGUCUAGAAAAAGAGCACAAAAUGCAAUUUUGGAGUCGGAACACAGACAACAGCAUCACCAUGGACCACCUAAGGACAGAACUAGACAACACAAACAUGCAGUUGCAGCGCGUGGAAAACUCAGUGAAGGAAAUGAGGGCUGAAUGUCGCAGGCAGAUGGAGCGCCAGGUCGAUGGAUGUGACUAAGGGAAAAAUGAAAGCACUGGAAGAAUCUCUUCUUGGACUGUCCAGCUGGAGUCAACCAAGGAAACACUCCAUAAAGUUCAAGAAGAUCUUAGAGCUGAACCGAUCGAUUUGGAGACCACUGAGAAAACAGUGUCCAAUCUGACAGCCUGUUUGCAGGAGGACAGAGCCCUUGAGGGUGCCAAUAAGGAAAUCAAGAAGCUAUAUUCACAACUUGGCAGCAGGAUCCAGGAGCUCCGGCAUCUGGAGAAUGAAGAGGCCCGUUUACACGAUGCAGAGUGUGAAACACUGAAACUGCAGCUGUUAGAAAAGGAAAGGAUUGAGAUCUUCCAAAAGCAAAUUGAUAACAUGACCCAGACUGUGGGCCAGCACAGUCAAACUGCUGGAGCAAUGGAAGCUGAGAAAUCUCAGCUCGUAAAAGAGAGAAAUGACUGGAAACUCAAAGUAGAAGAACUUAAGGUUGCAGAGGAUGAGAAGGAAGACAAGAUACGUGAAAUAGAGGCCAGACCAAGUGAGCUAGAACUGGAAAAGUUUGAACGGACAGACACAGGCAGUGAGAGGCUCCAUGCACUUCAUGACAUGAAACUGGAAAAAGACCAGCUAAUGAAUGAAUUCCAAGCCGGUCGGAGUGAGCUAGCUGGCUUUGCAG